GAGGGUUCUACUUUUGUCACUUUUGGAUAUUCAAGACAGAAUUAUGAAUCAGAAGGAUAAAUAUGCUGCAAUACCCUCGGUGUCAUUGGCAGAAGAACUAGCAGAUUACUUAGUCGAAACAAUACUGAAUGCAUUUGCGCGGUCAAAAGCUCAACAACCUGACUUAUGGCAGGAAUUAAGAAAUCAAAUGAGUGAUAGUACAAGAUGGUCUCAAACUAUCUCUCAAUGGACUAAAAUCAUGCUACGUCUUACUAAAAUAAUUUCGAAACACGUAUAUAAUGUUGAUCUUGAUGCUCUUGAAUUAGAUCGUCGACUUUCAGAACUUUCUACCUCUGAGCGACACUAUCAUAGACGUAGACCCUCCAAAAAUCGCACACGACAUCUUUCUUUGCGAGGAACACACAAACAUAAAUCUUCUGGCAGUACUUCUUCACGUGAAGAGGUCUUGGGGGCUCUCAAUGCCGAAUUUUCAUUUUCUUUUAAAAACCCUCCUGAUAGUAAUAAAUCCGGUCGUCGAGCACUGAGUGUGCACCAAGAUAUGAAUUCGUUGGAUUCAAGAUUGUUAAGUGGACAGCCUUUAUUUAAUGUUGUAAACAGCGGCCCCGCUUCAUCAACACAUUCUG